AGUUCGUGACAGUUGCUAGUUCAAGGUGGACCAUGGCGUUAGACGCGAUACAGUUGGUGACCAUACUCCUACUGGCUGUGAUAUAUGGAGAUGCUGUGAAGCCACCUGGAUAUGUCGAACCUCAACAAAAGGAACCUGAUUCACGCCCCCCAAGAUAUGAAUAUGGUUACAAUGUCAAUACCGACGAAGGUAGUGCAGAGCAAGGAAAGCAGGAAGAGCGAGAUGGUAUUUACGCUUCAGGAAGAUACUAUGUCCAGGGCAAGGAUUCGAACCAGGAUGUGCGCUACUUUGCAGAUGACUGGGGGUUCCAUCCCGCUGUAGAGUAUAGCAACGCUGGCCCUCACAGUAAAUCUAGGGCACGAUUUGCUUUAGGAUUUGAAGCCGUUCAGCAACUCAAAAAUAAAGAGAACAAUCAGCCACAACUCCAAGGCCUGCCUGAAACAGGCAACUUGAACAAGCAAGGGCCACAAGUACUCCUGAGGAAUUCUGAGCCAACAAUACAAGGACAGCAUGCAGAAAACUCACAGCAUUUCUCUUCAUUCCAGUCGAAUAAUCAAGAGUCACAGCGGAUUGAAGAGAAUCAACAGCAGCAAACUCCAGAGCCGCAAACUGAUUUCCGUAAUCCUCAGCAGCCUUUAGCACAGUUUCAACAACAAAUUGUCAUACAAGAGCAACCGUCAAAUAAUGCAUAUAAUCGUGAAAAAAGUAAAAAUGAGCCUGCUGAAAACGUCGUUUACCCUCAGCAACCUGAAAACUUGUCGUUCGGACAUCAACAAAUACUCGUAUUUCCUAAUCAACAGCAGCAAACAGAAGGAAUAUCAAUCGAAAAGCAAGCAGCAGAUUCACAAGAGAAUCUCUAUGAACAGCAAGGAGUAAAUGAAGUAAUUGAAACCGAAAACCUUGAUCAAAAUAACUACCAAGAAUUUGGUUUAAAAAUAAAUCCAACUAAACAAAAACCUAACAAUAAAUUGAUAGAAACUACUCAGCACCUUGUGUCUGGUCAAGAUGUUCUGGAUAUCAAUAGUGCAAUCACCAAACAGCAAGAAACUAGUAUAGAGUCCAGCACUGUCCAAUAUUCGACAGUUAAUCAGGAAUCAAAUAAAGAUAAUCCUCAAGUCACUUACGUGUCAACAACUCCUUGCCCAUCAACACAAAAUACCUUCAAAGAACAGCCAAUAGUAGUCGCCGAUUAUGAAGAAGGAAACGCGCAGUAUUCUUCAUCUACAAUUCAAGCAGAAGAACAAGCAGAAUCGUUCUCAACUACUGCAAAAUCAGUUGAAUCAUUUUCGACAACAUACGAAUCACCUUCCACCAUAGUAGUGACACCUAGACCUAUCAGUACCCAGUUCUUGGCACCAAUCACUGCUGGUAUAAGACUGCAAAACAUCGAACAUUAUGAACAGAAUGAUAAGACCGAACAGAAAUCCAACGAAUAUGUGCAGAUUCAAGAAAGCGUUCCUUAUUAUUUAGGAAAAUUCGAGUAUCCCGUCGCUUCAGAUGAACAAGUAAGUGCAAACUACUCCUUCGAGAAUAGCAUCGAUUAUAGAGCAAAGGGAGAUCUGGAAUUGGGAAAAAUUCUUUUGCUCCUUCCUGAGCCACCUAGAGCGGAAAAAUUGGUGCAGAGGCCUUUCGACGAAGUUGAUAAUCAUUUAACUGCACAGCAACUGCCAAAUUCACAAAUAAAAGAUCAAUUCCAGGAGGCACAGCGACAUGUGGAAAGUUCAGCCCAAAUAACCGGAGAUUCUUUGGCCAGUACACAAAUAAUUCAAGACCUUCAACAACAAAUCUCUGAAUAUCAACAUAAAUAUCGCGAAAAUAAUCAAAAAGAAACUUCUGAAAAUGAUAACAAAAAUUCGAACCUGUAUAGAGUCCAUCUUACUCAAAAUCCUCCUGAAAUCACGAGGAUAAUUCAACAGCCUUACCCAGUUAGAGUACCUUAUGAAGUGCCUUACCCAGUUGUGAAACAGAUACCUGUACCUGUUACGUAUCAGAGGGUGGUAGAGAAGCCAGUUCACAUAACCAAAUAUGUUGAGAAGCCUGUACCUGUGCCACAACCAUAUCCAGUAGAGAAAGUUGUAGAGAAACCUGUGCAUAUUCCGGUACAGGUAACUCGAUACAUUGAUCGUCCCUAUCCGGUUGAAGUACGUGUUCCUUAUCCACAACCGUAUCCAGUGGAAAAGCUCGUUCAUAAUAUCAUCAGGCAGCCUUAUCCAGUUGAAGUGAAGGUGCCUUAUCCAGUAGAAAAGAUAGUUGAGAAGAAAGUACAUGUUCCCCAUUAUAUUGAUAAGCCAGUGACUGUGGAAAAAAUUGUGGAGAAACCAGUCACUCACUAUGUAGACAGGCCGUAUCCUGUGGAGAAAAUUGUGGAGAAGCCUGUACCUCAUUACGUUGAUAGACCCUACCCAGUAGAAGUCAAAGUGCCCGUACCACAACCUUUCUACGUGAGAGUAGAAGUUCCCAGACCUCAUCCAAUUGGAGUAAAUCAAGCAUAUCAGAGAGGACUUUACCAACAUAUCCUCGAACAGAACGCCCAACAAUCACAGCAACAAGCUUUCUUUUCCAAUCCCUAUGCUUAUGCACCUCAGAUCAACCAAUAUCUUCCUCCAAGAAAAGAAAUUGUGAUAAACAAUGGGUACUUACCACCCAAGCAGUUCAGUACUGGGUAUUUACCUCCUGCAACUACUGCUGAUUGCACUCAUGGUCAUACAGGAGUCAACUCUAAUGACCACAUUGGACUGUUACCUCCAAGAAUAGGAGAUGGGCGAACUUACAUGAGGAGAUUCAGAAGUGCCAGGCAGUUCGAUGAUAAUAGCGUCCGAAUGGAGUAUGGAUUUAUGCCUCCGAUGGUACCUUCGUUAGAGAUCGACGAUAAGGGAAAUCCCAUAGAAAAAGGCGAGAAGUGAGAGUGAACUUUUUCGAUGUUGUGACGACGUUCGAUAUUGCCAUAUAAUUAUAGUAUUCUUGUACAUUUAAUUAGGAUUAGUUCGGUUUCUGCGUUGUGGGAGACGAUGGAAGAUUUUCGUAUAACCUACUUCUUUGACCUCAGACUCAUUUAGUGACUGGUUUUAUUUCCUAAUAUCUAAGAAGAAUAAAUAAGGGCUCAAGGAGAGAAUGUAAAUAGUUAGUGUACUUAUAUAUGUAAUCUAUAUAAAGAGAUAGCAUAUUUUUGCUUAACUGAAAUGGUUUAUUCUGAUUGAAAUGAAUCGAUAUCGAUGUGACCAAUUAUAAACAGAUAGGUACUAUGAAAAAUUGUAUUAUGUAGAAUAUAAGUUUAUAUUUUUGUAUG